UACAAUAGGUUCAAGGAUCAAAUGAAGAAGGAUUUGGACAAUCGUAAAAAACAUUCAUAUACUUUAAAAAAUACAACUGCUAAAGUUGUAAAUUAUGAGAACAUCGACAACAUUAUUCAUCCUAAAUAUGAGAAGUUAAAAACUCGAUUAUCCGAGCUGGAAAAAGCAAAAGAGACAAACCGAAAUUUCAUAAAUCAGAUCAAUGCCGAAAAAAUGCGGCAAAAUGUUAUGAUUAUGUCAGGAACAUAUUUAAGAGGUGGAGUAAACGAUUCAAUAGAAAACGUUCAACACGCAGCGAAAAGUCAACAAGCUUAUCCUAUUCAUUUAGCGCUACCGAGAGAACCAGAACCGAAAUUUCUAAAAAUACCUCCACCUCCACCACCACCAUUUAAGCCUCUGCAAGCAAAAUGUGAACUGCCUAGUCAAUUUCCAAAAUAUGUAAUCAAUACAGAAUUGUUGAAGUCUAUGGCUAAACAAUUAAGGAGACCUGAUGGUGAUAAUAUAAGGAAAAUUCCGAGGCGAAAGGAUAUGAUGAUUCCUACAAAAGUCACACAAACUGCUGAAGAAGAUGCUUCUAUAUAA